CUAUUAAUUACCUUCCGUCCCCGGAACACACUUGUACAGCAUUUUCCCAGACUCCGCCGCUGGUAGAGAAAAAAGUGAAACUCCAUGGUGCGGAUCGCUAUCGCGUUCUGAUGUCUUAUCUCUUGCAAAGAUCGUGAGAGGCUCUCGCAUUUUUCGAGGUGUCUUGAAAGCGCGAGAAGUUAUACACUUUAAAAGGCAAUCAGCGGCGUUUUUAAUCACAGCUCUUUGUCGCUGCGACUGUUCGAGUCAAUUAAUUUUCGAGCUCUAAUUAGAUAACUUCCAAUUUGCUGCGCGAUAGCCUUACGAGAAAAAAUAAUAAUUCCUCUCGUCCUACCCUAUCGUUAUUCCUUGUCUCCAACCUUGUCCAGCGUCUCUUAUCAGCUUCCGGACGUACGCAUCAUCAUCGCGUUAUACACACAUUCGUUUCACGAACACACACAGACACAUAGAACACGCGCGGAGGGAGAGAGAAAAAGGCAGAAACAACAGAGACAACGAAUCGGAAGCCUCGUCGCUGCUGCUGCUGCUGCUUUUUAUCGAAUCGCGCGCGCAUUGACGCACGCGGCUCGAAUUCCUCUGCACUCUCCUUUUCUCACCCCUUGUCUCUGCAUCUCGGAUUUUUGCGCCGCAGAGCUGUUGAAGUUUCGUUCGGCGAUGUUUUUAUUUCGCUCGCGAGUGAGGUUCUUGUUAAGGACGAAAUUGAGUGUGCGAGGGACAUAGACUUUUUGUUCAGUGAUCAUGUAUUGUGUAUAAUCGAAUUCAGGAUGUGUGAGAUCGCGCUACUGCAGUUGUAUCGGAUGGUGAGCUUUCAUAAGAAAAAGCGCAGAACGGACGAGCCGUCAAGCGGUAAGGAGACAUCGGCGCGACUUUCCCGAGACUCGCCAACGGCGAAGGAACAGCGUCGGCUCAAGGACGCUGCGUCGACCUACUCCGCGGUCAGCGCUUUCCGUCAGUGGAGGCGUAACAACAACAACAACAGCAGCACCAACAACAACAAUGUCUCCACCGCAACCGUACGAACGACGAGCUCGCCCGCUGCUUUGGGAGUCGCCGCGACGACGACGGCGACGACGACCACGAACACCGGUUCCAGGACGACGGCCAGUCUAACGAAUGGCUCAGCUUGGCCUCCUGGUGACAGGGCUACCCUCAAAAAACUCGAACAGUUCCCUCUCGUCCUCUCCGAUGCGACCAUGCCCGAGGAGGACCUGUCCCUCAAGUUCCUCGCACUGAACGCACUGGACUUGACGGCACCGGCCAGCGACGUGCUGCUGAAGAACAGACUGAAAUCAUGGUUCCAACUUUCGGGGCAUCCCGAUGGCUUCGCGCCCGCAGGUCCCGGAACCGUCUGGAAGCGAAGAACCGGCGGAUCCGAGAACACCGAGCGCAUGGUGUACGAAGCUCUCAGCAAGGACGCAGCCAUGAAGGACUGCAUACCGAGGUACUACCGCGAAGUUGAGUACCGAGGCGACACCUUCAUCGAGCUGCAGGACCUGCUUUUCGGGUUUAACGAGCCCCACGUCAUGGACAUCAAGCUCGGCACACGAACCUUCCUCGAGUCCGAAGUGUCCAAGACCACGGCUCGACCCGAUCUCUACCAGAAGAUGAUCGCCGUCGACCCGACCGCUCCCACCGACGAGGAACACGAGCAACGCGCCGUUACGAAGCUUCGUUACAUGCAGUUUCGCGAGCAACAGUCCUCCACAUGCAGCCACGGCUUCCGGAUCGAGGCGAUGAAGCUGCCUGGUGGACCGCCGAUCACCGACUUGAAGACCGUCAAGUCGCACGAUCAGGUCCUCGAGACCAUGAGGCUCUUCCUGUCCGGCCGACAAGAGACCAGAAGGAAACUUCUCGAGAGGCUCCGCGAGCUCAGGAACAGGAUAGAGAAGAGCGAGUACUUCCUCACGCACGAGGUGAUUGGUAGCAGUAUUUUUAUGAUCUACGACAACGAGAAGGUCGGCGUUUGGCUGAUUGACUUCGCAAAGACGUAUGAGGUACCAGAAGGCUGCAAGCUCACGCAUCGCCGUGAGUGGCAGCAGGGCAACCACGAGGAGGGCUUCCUCUUCGGCCUUGACAACCUCAUUUCCACUCUCGAAGAGAUCGACUGUUGAUCAAGCAGCACAUACAUACACACACACACAGACUACGUGUCGCCCGAUUUUAUUAAGCGAUUCUCUUGUACAGUAGUAUAGAAGCAAGCUUGGACUGACCUAUUUUUAAGAUCUUAUUUAUUUUGUACAUAUACAUAGUAAACAUAAUGCUGUACGCGAGCGAGUGUGUACAGAUGAAUCGAGAAAAACUCUGGUCUGAUGAUUGUCUCAAUACUUAAAUUCUAUUUGAUCGUCUUCUGCUUUAUGGCGCUCCUAUAAGUAUGUUUAUGUACUUAGGCGAUACAUUGAAAUAUUCUAAAUCUAUAGAAAAGUCUGAAUAUUUAAACUACGCGCGUUAAUAUACAUUCUUACUAUCGUUUAGCGAGAGGCGAGAGCUUGCUUGCUUGCGAAUUGUAUGUAAAUGUCAUUUUGUACGACUUUAAUGUACAUGUAUACAUAUUUAACGAUUUCAAAACGAUGUACAAAUUAUUACUGUUGUAUAAUAUAUAACUCGAAUGUUCGAUGAUAAAAAGUAUUUGUUUAACGUUUAAUCUUAGCGAUUAGUGAUCCUCGUGAUUCGAUUUGCUAUAUUUUUGUACAAAUGAUCAUGCAAUUUGAUAACAAGUAUAUCAUACGAAAUAUUCAAUGAAAUAAAUGAAAAUUGCGUUAUAAUAUAA